UUUUUUUCUCACGCCUCUCUUUUCUUUUCCUUUCCUUUCCUUUCAAACUGAGCUCCCCAGCAUGUCUGCCUCAAUUUCUAAUAAUACUCUCGCCUCAGCGAGCGUCCCAAUCCUUCGCUUCGCACGCCCAACCAGAUGUCUUUCCAAGCUGCUUCAUUUUUAUCAGACAGCACUGGGUUUAGCUGUAAUCGCGUCUUUUGAUAAUCACCGCGGGUUCGAUGGCCGCAUCCUUGCUCUGCCCUCCAACAACCCUGGUACUCCUGCGCCUUGGCACUUAGAAUUUACUUUACAACACGAUCAUGCUGAACAUGAAUCUGUUCGCGCACCCACUCAAGAUAAUCUUCUGGUUUUGUAUCUUGGAGAUAAAAACGAAGUUGAGGCCAAAAAAGCACGUAUGGAGGAGCAUGGAUAUCACACAGUCAACUCCGUAAAUCCUUAUUGGGACGACUACGGGGUCACUUUUGAAGAUCCGGAAGGAUGGAGAGUUGUACUCUGUUGGCAAACAUGGACAAAUUAAACCAAUCGAUGCUUUGCU